AGAUGGCAGCCUUCAGCAACGCUGCAUUUUACGGCAGCGUGCGUGAAAGAAACCGACCACGCGUUUGUGACGAAACGGCCGAGCGAAUACUCGAAAGAAUUGCAGCCAGGGAAUCAUCCGACUUGGACCUGUCUGACAGCGAUGAAGAAGCGCCUGAGGACGUUGCCGUUUUGGAUGACCUGGAGAAACAUUUAGAACCGGAUGUUGACAGCAGUGACGAGGAACCCGUACACACUGCACCUGCUGCUCCAAAAAGGGCCGCGCUUUGGAAAACCACCGACAGUUCUCCCCAGGCAUGGCUGCCGGACUUCAACGUCACCUCAGACAGCGGUGAAGUGCGAGCCCUGUGGCGACCGUUCGAGUACUUUCAAGAAUACAUUUCGGAUGAAAUGUGGGAGACGAUGUCUACCGCUAUGAACACUGCACAUGUGGUCGAGACCGGGAAGAGCCUUUGCACGACUCCUGAAGAGCUGAAAGUAUUUUUUUGCUCUUUCGAUCACAAUGUCGUGUCUUGGGUAGCCUCAAAUUCGUAUGUACUGGGCAAAACGAACGAAGGUGCCUUUAGUUGCAAACCACAUGACAAGAGAGCGUUUUUUCACACUGAGGUCGCGACUCAAAGUUGUGAAUGCCCUUGACGUAGAUGAUGCCACGAAAGCGCAGGACAGGUUGUGGAGGAUACGGCCGCUUGUUGUUGAGGUACAAAAUGGGUGUCUGCGUCUUCCUCGCGAAGAACUUUUGAGUAUUGACGAGCAAAUGAUACCUUUCACUGGGCGUACCCACCUGAAGCAGUUUGUUCCAAGGAAACCUAACCCAGAAGGGUUAAAAAACUUUGUGUUGGCUAGUCCCUCUGGCUUUAUCCUUGACUUUGAAAUCUAUCAGGGAAAAAAGUCGCUUCUUCACCCUGGGAGCUCAGGCAUUGGUGAAUCCGCGGUACUGAGGCUGACAAAAAGUCUAACCAAAGGAACGAAGCUUUUUUUCGACAGGUAUUUCACUUCUUCAGGGCUACUCGACAAGCUGGCCGAAAAAGGGAUUGCAGCAACCGGCACAGUUAUGAACAAUCGUGUGCCAAAGACUGUAAAGCUUUCGUCGGAAUCGCAGCUUAAACAGAGGGGUCGUGGCGCAUCAGAGAUGUGGGUCCGAAACGACGAUAAACAGGUUUUUGUCAGAUGGUAUGACAACAAGCCGGUGACACUGAUGUCGUCGUUGCAUGGAAAAGAACCACAAGACACUUGCAGACGCUGGUGUGCCAAAGAAAAAAGGCACAUAGAUGUCCCGAGGCCCCACAUUGUCCAGGCAUACAAUGCUAACAUGGGAGGAGUCGAUAUGGCCGACCGCAUGCUA